AUGAUAAUAUUGAUGAAAAUAUAAAAAUGGAUAUUGAUUCUAAAAAGAGAAAGAUGGAUAUCGAUACUACUGAAAAUAUACAAAUGGAUAGUGACUCAAAAAAGAGAAAAAUGAAUAUUGAUUCUAAAAAGAGAAAGAUGGAUAUCGAUACUACUGAAAAUAUACAAAUGGAUAUUGAUUUAAAAAAGAGAAAAAUGAACAUUGAUAGUAGUGAUGUAAAAG